CUUCCUCGACCCUCGAGAGCUUCUUCGAUUGGCGUUAGCUCCGUUAUUGCAAGUCUCCGCAAGCCCGUCUUCCCGCAGCCCGAGUUUUCUCCGCUCACUGGUUUCAUAUUUCAGACCACGAGUCUCCUCCUCCGUCAGAUCUGGUGAGAGCCUUUGAAAGUGGUUCAACAUCGCUGUGUGAUUAGGUUAUUCUCACCGGCGUUUUAGUUUUCCUCGAUUUUCGAGAGAUUUUUCUUCAGUUGAAUCUCCGGUGAAUUGUUGGUGUUGGUCUUGCAAAGUUCUGUUUCAAAUCCAAAGACUCAAACCACUAUUAACUUUAUUCCUCGGCUCUCGAGAGAGAAGUUAAUCCCAGAGAUAUCUCAGCGAAGCUUUUCUCUGUUUGGAUCUGUCCAUCAUAAUUCUUGUUGUCACGAUAAGUUCCUUCCUCUUAUCGAUCUCGUUUUGAAGGAGGCUUGCUGCACAUACGUCUCAAAAGAAGCAAGAUAAGGAUGAAGAAGAAGAGAGGCUAAUGUUACAAAAGGCGAGAGAGCUCGACGAAUUUGAUCAAAAACCAUAGUGCAAUGCCUCGAAACAGUGAUAAGAACCACAACGAUGACAAGAAUGGUUUUCAUGGGGCGAACAGUGUGAAGACGACUUCCUUUGAAGAAGAAGCGCUUAAGACGAUGAAAGCCUUCUGGCUCCCAUCAGCUACACCAGCAGCUUCAGUCAGAGUAGAUGCUCCAGAAACUCACACAGUUUGUCCAGAGGGCAAAGAGAAGCUCAAGCUUAAGAACCUCUUUGCAAUUCGUUUCACGGAAGACAACAGCGAAGAAGAAGAGAACAAGCCGAAAUCAGCAUCAUCAAGCUCUUAUGACAAAUCCUACAUCUGCCCGAGCUGCAAAGUCACUCUCACCAACACAAUGUCCCUCGUGGCACUUAGCUCAUGCGGACAUGUUUUCUGCAAGAAGUGUGCUGAAAAGUUUAUGCCUGUCGACAAAGUCUGUCUUGUGUGUGACAAGCCUUGCAAGGACAGGAACUUGGUUGGGUUAAAGAAAGGAGGCACAGGUUUCGCUGAGCACGACGAUCAUCUUGAGGCUAAGGAGUACAAGCAUUUGGGUAGUGGCUCUGGUUUGGGGCUUGUGAGGCCGGUUAAGACAUGAUGUAACCACAACAAAUGUUCUGUAUACAUUACACUCCUUAUGGCCUGUAUCCUUUGCUACUACAACUAAGAGACACUGCUUUCUCUAUUUUGGCUCUUGAUUUUGUCCUUUUAAUCAGAUCCUAUUUGACAAUAUCUGUGUUCCUUCCCUAUACAGAGAAAAGUCCAGUGCUUUUAACU